UAGGGAAUACAACUACUUUUUGUGCGCAAAAGGGCAUUACAACUAAUAAUAAGGUAAGUGCUACCUCAAAUAGAUACGUAUACCUGGAACUUUUGUUCUCCUGUAUUUUUGGCUUAUUUGUAUGAUACAUACAACUGAUUCAACAAUUUAAUCUGGGGUCUUGUUAUUCGCAAACAAUUUAGAAAGGUUUUGAAGGAGAAAGAAGAAAGAAAAAUUGAAAGUAGCAUCUCUGUUACAAUAUAUCAGAGAAGCUAUGGCGAAUACGAUGCCUGCAUGUUAUGAGGUAUAUAUAACCAAUCCUAGUCGAAUCUGGCAAACUGAUAAAGUCCUCAAAACAGAGCUCCCUAUUAUCGCUUUCCAAAUUGCCUUUGUCGUUGUGUUGUCUCGUAUUUUCUUCAUUAUCUACAAACCUCUCCAUCAAACUCGCCUCAUUUCACAAAUCUCUGUUGGUUUCUUGCUAACUCCACCAUUACUUGGGAGAUACACACCAAUUUUUGAGUUCAUAUUUCCUGUAAAUGGUGUCCUAAAUGUUGAAGUUCUUUCCCACCUUGGUCUCAUAUUUUAUGCAUUCCUCAGCGGUUUGGAGAUGAACUUAGAUACCAUUUUACGAGUGAAAAAGAAGGCUGCUAGCAUUGCGGUUGCCGGGAUCGUCUUUCCGAUGGUGAUGGGCCCAUGCUUAUAUGCUUUGUACCGAAAAAUUUACGGCAGUCAUGGAGUAUUCCCCCUUGAAGAAAGUACAGUUAAUGCUUAUUUACUUUGGACUUUAAUUCUCACAGUCACAGGUUUUCCUGUCAUAGCUCACACACUUUCUGAGCUCAAGCUCAUUUAUACUGGUCUUGGCAAAGCUGCUUUAACAGCAGCCAUGAUCAGUGACACCUACAGUUGGAUUCUUUUCACUUUACUUGUUCCAUUUGCAAUUAAUGGUCAAGGAGCUAUCUACACGGUGCUAAGCACGUUAGUAUUCAUUGUUGUAUGCAUCUUUGUGGUACGUCCAAUCAUUCUACGGUUUAUGGAUAACAAGGUAGACAAUGAUGAGUGGGAUGAUAACGAAUUACUCUUUGUGGUGAUGGGGGUUUUGGCUUGUUCACUCAUUACGGAUAUUCUUGGUGCUCAUGGCAUUGUUGGGGCUUUUGUAUAUGGAUUGAUUUUACCUCAUGGGAAAUUUGCCGACAUGAUGAUGUCUAUUUCAGAUGAUUUUACUGGAGGCUUUCUGGCACCACUCUUCUUCACUGGCAAUGGAAUGAGACUUAUCUUAUCCUCAGUUUUCCAAGGAAAUUGGCCCUUAACACUACUGAUUAUACUCUUGUUGUGUUCUCUAAAGAUUUUAAGCACUUUAUUUGCCAGUUUCUUCUUUGGUGUGCACACUAAAGAUGGUUUAGCCAUGGGCUUGCUUCUCAAUACCAAGGGUGCCAUGGCACUGAUCAUGCUAAACAUUGCUUGGGAUAGAGCGAUUUUUUCUGUACCUACCUAUGCGGUUAUGGCUUCAGCUGUUCUUCUAAUGACUGUAGUAGUAUCUCCUGUCAUCAAUGCGGUCUACAGACCAAGAAAAAGAUUCGAGCAGAAUAAGCUAAAGACUAUACAAAAACUAAGAGUCGAUGCGGAGCUUCGAAUUCUAGCAUGUGUCCACAAUACUCGGCAAGCCACAAGCAUGAUCAGCAUAAUUGAAACUUUUAAUGCCACUAGACUUACCCCUAUACAUGUUUUUGCCAUGUACCUUAUUGAACUUACUGGACGUGCUGCUGCCCUUGUUGCUGCACAUAUAGAGAAGCCUAGUAGCCAACCCGGAGAACAAAAUCUCACCAAAUCACAGGCAGAGUUAGAAAACAUUGCCAAUGCAUUUGAUGCAUUUGGAGAGGCAUAUGACGCUGCCAGAAUCGAAACCUUAAAUGUGGUGUCAUCCUAUGCAACCAUUCAUGAGGACAUAUACAACUCAGCAAAUGAGAAACACACAAGCUUAAUUGUCCUUCCAUUCCAUAAACAAUUAAAUUCAGAAGGUGCGCUUGAAGUAACCAAUGUUGUGUACAGAGAUAUAAACCAAAAUGUAAUGCAGCAUGCCCCUUGCUCUGUGGGAAUAUUUGUUGAUCGUGAUUUUGGGUCAAUCCCCAAAACGAACCUUCGUAUUCUUAUGCUUUUUGUUGGAGGCCCUGAUGAUCGUGAAGCCUUAGCUGUUGCAUGGAGGAUGGCAGGACAUCCAGGAAUUAAACUAUCAGUGAUUCGAAUUCUUUUGUGUGAUGAAGCAGCAGAAGUAGAUUCUUCAAUUCAUGCUGAAGCACGAGGGAUAUUGUCUUCUGUAAUGGAUAGUGAGAAGCAGAAAGAGUUAGAUGACGAUUAUAUAAAUUCAUUUAGAUAUACGGCAGUCAACAAUAAGGAUUAUAUAUCUUACUCAGAGAUUGAUGUCCAUACUGGUGAAGAUAUUCCCGCAAUCCUCAAUGAGCUAGAAAAAAAUGGUUGUGAUUUGUACGUAGUGGGACAAGGGAAUUGUAGGAGCUCUAAAGUCUUCUCAAAUUUGCUAGAAUGGUGUGAAUGCUUAGAACUUGGAGUUAUAGGGGAUAUUUUGGCCUCAAACAAUUCUGGUUCGCGCUCAUCUUUGCUAGUUGUUCAACAAUAUGGGUAUGGAGGAAUGGCUUUUGGAAAUAAUCUCCACCAAAAGGGCACCAAUAACGAUGGAUUUGAGUCACUUGUUGUGAAGACAGAGUAAGCAUUGAGAUUGGUAAGGAACAAACGUGUAGAUUAUUGAAAGAUUCAAUAAACUUUUGGAAAAUACCAGGUUUUUGUUUCAGAUUAGAAUUUGUAACAUGAAUCUAUUGAAUGGAAAAUUAAUG